AGGUGUCCUGAGCUGGGAGAGGGCUGGAUGUGGUGUGGCAGCUGCAGUCCAGGGAGGUACCGGCACCCGAGUGGGUGAUGGGAUGGUCGCUGAUAACCCCUGUCUGCAGACUGCUGUGUGGGGGAGAUACUCCUCUGCUCACACGUGUUAUCUUGGAUGGGGGAGAAAUUGCCAGUGAGUUUUGUCACUGGGAGCAGCUCAGCUCCCCAGUCCUGUGGUGCAGCCCUGCCGAGGGCAAGGCAGCUCCAAGCAGCCUCUGCCUCUCCCUCAGCUUGGCCCUCUGACAAAAUGAGGGUGAACAUUGUCUUCUCACCAUGCAGGGAGAAGGUGAGGAUUUAAGACCAGCAUGGAGCAGGGCACAGGGUUGUGAUGGGCUCAUGGAAGACAGGUCCAGACUGCCCCAUGUCACUGCAUCUGUGUCAGUGCAGCGCAUCCCAAGGACAGGCAUUGCCCCGGGGAGGUACCAGGACAGCUCCCGGCCAUGCCAACCCCUGCAGCCCCUGUGUCUGGGCCCAGAGGAGGCUCAGACAGUUUGAGGUUUUGGUGAGAGGGGCAUUGCAUUAUCCAUCCUGCUGGCUGACCUCGUGCUGGCUGUUAGCACCCUCAAUUCGCCAGCCUCUCACAGGAGCAAAAUUAUCAAAUUUGCUGGGAAAACCUGCCUGAGCAGCUGCCAGCACUAGUGAGUCGCGAUAGGCUCUGACUCAUGAUGAGGUUUUGGGGUUGCACGAUGCAGCCUUGACAGCACUGAGAGCCUUGGGCUGACAACUGGGACAAGCAGGGCUGUGCACAGCUGCAGGAAGUGCAUCUGGGGUUAUAGGGGAACUCCUGGCUGCAUAAGGGCUGCGAGGGUCUGAAAUCAGCAUUGCCAGGACAGUGGAGCUGAGGCAGACAGGACCUGGAGGAGGGAGCUGCCAUUUUCAGAUGGUUACUUUUAGAAGCAGAAGUGCAGAGUAGAAUCUCCAAAUGUUGCUGAAUCCAGAGUCAAAACUUGAGGUAGCUCUGCAAUGCUGGGUAUCACUUGCCAUGAGAUUUCAUUUCCCCUUGAGCGUCCUGCGUGUCCCAGUUGGUGAGCUGUGGCAGCCUGCCAGGGUGCACCUGAUGCCCCUAGGACGGUCACAUCCACCUAGAGAAAUGUCCCUGGUGCCAGCCGAGGGCUCUGGGAAUGGGGCUCGGUGGUUGAGGUGAUGCUGAGCUCUCUGUAUCACUGUUCCCUGCUGCAGGUGCUGGUGAGGCUGUGGCCGUGCUCACUCCUCCCUUCUCCACCGUCCCUGCCUGCCACCAGCAGGUCUCCAGCACCACACAGCCAUGACGACCUCGGCGCUGCGUCGGCAGGUGAAGAACAUUGUGCACAACUACUCAGAGGCGGAGAUCAAGGUGCGGGAGGCCACCUCCAAUGAUCCAUGGGGACCUCCCAGCUCCCUGAUGUCAGAGAUCGCCGACCUCACCUUCAACACAGUGGCUUUCGCCGAGGUCAUGGGCAUGAUCUGGCGGCGGCUGAACGACAGCGGCAAGAACUGGCGUCACGUCUACAAAGCCCUCACCCUCCUGGACUACCUCAUCAAAACUGGCUCCGAGAAGGUGACCCACCAGUGCCGGGAGAACCUCUACACCAUCCAGACUCUGAAGGACUUCCAGUACGUGGACCGUGAUGGCAAGGACCAGGGCAUCAACAUCCGGGAGAAGGUGAAGCAGGUGAUGGCGCUGCUGAAGGACGAGGAGCGGCUGAAGCAGGAGCGGGCACAUGCGCUGCAGACCAAGGAGCGCAUGGCCCUGGAGGGCAUGGGCAGUGGCAGCCACCAGGUCACCUACGGCCGCCGAGCAUCGCCCUACGGUGAAGAUUACAGCCGGGCACGGGGCUCACCCUCCUCCUUCAACUCAUCAUCCUCAUCCCCACGGUUCACCUCUGACCUGGAGCAAGCACGGCCCCAGACGACAGGAGAGGAGGAGCUGCAGCUGCAGCUGGCACUGGCCAUGAGUCGGGAGGAGGCAGAGAAGAAGCCACUUCCUCCACUUUCCAGUACAGACGAAGAAAGGCAAUUGCAGCUCGCGCUCGCGCUGAGCAAAGAGGAGCACGAGAAGGAAGUGAGGACUUGGCAAGGGGAGAACUCCCUGCAGCAGAGACCCCUGGAGGAGACUGCCCCAGGAAGGGAGGAAGAGCAAGAAGAAGAUAAGAUGAAGAAAAGCCAGUCCUCUAUUCUGGAGCUGGCAGAUAUAUUCGGGCCGGCGCCAGCGCCCUCCAGCCACACGUCUGCUGACCCAUGGGAUAUGCCAGAUAUGAAACCCAAAGUGGAGCCGGUGGCCUCUGCCUGGACGGGUGCAGCGGAUCCCUGGGUGCCAGUCCCAGACCCUGGGGGGGAGCCCCUCUCCCAGGCGAGCGCCUCAUCCCAGCAAACCUCUGCUGGGCCCUGGGACUUUCCCCCCAGCACCGCUGCAGCCUCUGACCCCUGGGGGAAGGCACCCCUGUCUUCUGGUUUCCCUCCUGCAGACCCCUGGGGAACAGCAGCCUCCCCAACCCCCCAGGGCUCCAGUUCUACACCAGCUCCUGACCCUUGGGCUGCUGUGCCUGAGCAGCCUCCAGCCCCUGCUCCAGGGGGGAACGCUUUUGACCCAUUUGCAAAGCCGCCCGAGCCGCCGGAGCAGGAGCCCUCCCAGCCGCCCUCCUCGGCCAAGUCCAGCAGCCCCGUGGAGCCCGACCCCUUUGGAGACCUGUUCCCCAGCACCAGGCAGGAUGGGGCAAAGAGCUUUGACCUUGCCAACCUGGCUGACUCCCUGCCUGAAUCCGGCAAGGAGCGGAAGGACUGUAAAACCCCUGAGGCAUUCCUUGGCCCUGCCGCCUCCUCCCUGGUCAACCUGGACUCCCUGGUCGCACCUACUCCGGCCUCCAAGACCCGCAACCCCUUUCUCUCGGGUCUGAGCACGCCGUCCCCCACCAACCCCUUCAGCCUCUCGGAGCAGCCCAAGCCGACGCUGAACCAGAUGCGGACCAGCUCGCCGGUGCCCGUCCUGCCCGCCGGCCACCCCGCCAACUCCAUGACCUACAGCGCAUCUCUGCCGCUGCCCCUCAGCAGCGUCCCCGCCGCCACCGCUGCCCUCCCCGCCUCCGCCAGUGCCUUUCCGCAGGCUGGCACCUUCCCCGAACUCCCCGGCACCUUGCCGCAGCCUUUACUGCCGCUGAGCGGCCCCCCGGCCCCGCCGUCCGCGCCCGGGGGGCUCAACCCUUUCCUCUGAAUCCUCUGGACAUGUUGGACUUUCACCCCCUCCCCAGCUGUUUCGAUCCCCCCCCGAUCUUUUCCUUCCACCAAGACUUGGGGGUUUGCUAAGCUGCACGGGAGGGUGUCCCCACGCAGCCCCCUCUCCGUGCCC